GUGCCAAUUGAAGGCGUGCAUCGGAUCGGAAGUCACCGCAGAUCCCGCAGGAGUGAAGAGCGUGGGCAAAGUUUUCGCACCAUUUUAAGUCGGAAUGAAGCUGCUGUGGUUUUUCGUGUUUCUACUGGCACUGGUUGGCGGUGCCUUCGGCAGUGAUUCCGCCUCCUGUCCGCCCAAUUUCGAGCGAAAGGACGACAAGUGUGUAACGCCCCGGCCGGUACAUGGCACCUGCCGCGAAGGCUCCACGUACAGCGUCGCCCUGAACCUGUGCGUCGCGGACUAAUCCGAGCGCUGCGAGUUUUCCGAUGACGAAAAUGUGCAUGUAUCGCGUUGGUGUGAUUAAAUAAAUUUACUCAAACUUACUACU